AAACCAUUACCGAAUGUGGGGGAGUCCGCCAGGAACAGCACCAAACAAGAACCGUUAUCACAGGGACUCUAGGCUUGCAACCCUUGAAUCAAAUAUAAAAGCUAAAAAGAGUAAAAUAAAUGUACUUAGAUGUAGUUUUUUAAAGUUUUGUCUGUUCAGUGGGACUGUGUUUUUAUUGAAUCCACCCCUCUUCAAAGUGGAAUUUUCUGAAACAGAUGUCCCAGGCGCUCCGCUAACAUCUGACCGGAGAAAGUCUGUUCAACUUCAGCGGCUUCAGAAAUGAUGCUGUAGAGGAGAAAGACACAAAGUAAAAGGUUAUUGCAAAAUCCAGAGAGCAAGAUGACGACUAUGGAGGGUAAAGAGGAGAUCAGUGACACUGACAGUGGGAUCAUGUUGCAAUCUGGUCCAGAUAGCCCCACAUCUCCGUUGAAGGACCUGAGCCCUCACACCAGAGCUCUGAAGCUGAAGCACCAGUCUCUGGAGGAUCGUCUGGAGCUCUGCCUGCUGGAGCUGCGAAAACUCUGCAUCAGGGAGGCAGAGCUGACGGGCAAACUGCCCUCAGAAUAUCCUCUGACGCCCAAUGAGAAGGCUCCAAGGGUUCGAAGGAGGAUUGGAGCUUCGUUUAAGUUGGAUGAAUGUUUGAUGCAAAAUAAUCUGCAGGACUCUGAGUUGCAAGCACUGGAAACAGACUUGGCUCUUCAGCAGCAGAUUUAUGUGGCAGCCCGCAAGCUCUCCUUGGAGGAGAACCUCAGCAAACCACAGAAGAAGAAUCGACUCCUGCAGUGUAAGAGGGAGGAAAAGAAAGUGAAGGAUCUGCAGGAGGCCGUGUUCCAGCACAGGAUCAAGAGUGAAUGCAACUCCCCCUGUGUCUCCACCUCAAGCAGCCAAAAUAAAGAUCUUUGCAUGUCUGAUGACAGCUCGCUCUCUGAUGUGGUGGCUCUGGAUGACGAUGUGGAUUCAUCAAGCCCCCUCUCACCUCCUGUGUUGAACAAUUCCUGCUCAGACCCCCUCCAACUGUCAGAGAAACCCCUGCCAUCCUCCCCGCAGCCCUCAAGUCAGCUCAGGGUGGAGUACGAACGCUCUCCCGUCCAGAACUCCCCAUGGAAGGAGUCCAGUCUGGACCAGCCCUACCAUAAGGCCACAAAACCUGAGUCCAGCAGCAGAAGCAGGUCCAGUAGUCCCACUGGAACACCGGUGACUCAAGAAAGCUGUCGGAUCCCUCUCACUCAGUUUGUUAGGAACUCGGCUCUGCGUCACAAUCACGCCACCAGCGCCCCCUCCACUCCAGAGCUGCUCGUACGCCGACAAUACUCCCAGUCUUUUAGACUUCCCAAAACAAAGCAGUCCGCUGGUCCUGAGAACAGUCGUGGAUGGAUCAGGCCGCCUCAGCAGUUCUGCACGGCUGAUUUCAGAGUGCACUCUCCAGAGUCCUCACCUCAGCAGUCUUCUUUCAAGGACUGCAGCUCAGAUCAAUCCUUUUCCUCUCAAAUUGGCUCUCCUGUGAGAACCAAACCAACUGAGAUCCCUAAGCUCUAUCCCCCCCCUUAUGGAUUCCACUUUGGAGCACAGAAGAAGACCAACCAGGCUCUUUCCAGCCCGGGACGUGGAAUGGCCACGCUAGAGGACAGCCAGCAAUCUCUGCAAGCCCUAGACACGGGGAAGUGCUCCCUAUUCAGCUCUCCUGCGAUUCAUGGCCAACAAAAAGGAGCAACGUCGCCAAGGAGGAUCCUUAAGCCCCCUCCACCGUACACCAGGGUAGUGAGGACCCCCUCACUGAAGGAGUACCCUCACCACGCCAUCAGGUUGAUGCCACGGGAGAUUGUGUCAGAGGAGCUGAAGUCCUGGCAUCAAAGAAAUAAGCUGCAGAAGUUAUGGCUGAGCAAUGGAGACAAGCAGAUCCCCCCGGGUGUCACAAGCCCCACCUCACCCCACCUGCCUCCAUUUAACCAGGGUUCAGGCAACUUGAUCCUCCAGAGAGCUCAGGACGGGACCCCGGUGCAGUGGUUUGUGGCUGAGGAUGCAGAAAUUGUGAGCCAGGUGUGACUAACGCCUCCACAUUCCGGUUUAUUUAUCCCUGCAUUUAUUUGAACUCUCUGUGAGACUGUGUGCUAAUGCAAUGCAGAAAAUAACUUAAAACUCAAAGUAAGGUGCUCUACCAGUUUUAUUUAAAAAUACUAAUUGAUAGUCAAGUUAGAGCCUCAUGCAAUCUCAUGAACAUGUGUUUAUGGACCGUAGACUUAAUUUUUUUGUAGUUCCUUUGUGGCUGGCACACAUUUUGCACAUUUAAGUCACCAGAUAGUUGUCAGUUAGAUUUUCCACUAAUUAAUAUUAUUUUUUAUUAUAUUUAUUAUUUAAACAUUUACCUUUCAGUAUAGACAGGUAAUUAAAUUUUUAAAUAGCUUUUUUCUGUAAGUAAAAAGUGUCUUUUUUUGUAUUUGACGUGAAGCAAUUGUAAUGCUUGUCAUUAACUUUUAACAAUUAACCCCUAAGGCCUUUAAAUAUGGUUGAUGAAUGUUCUCACUGCAGUGUGGUGUUUUCUUACUAACUACUUGAUUGUAACUGUUUUCAUAUUUUUGUAUAUUUAUAAAAAAAAGUAACAGA